ACUGGAAGUCAUGAAGCAGUAUUCAGCAAGCUACUGGGAGCCUGUGCUCGAAGGUCACUGUCCCAAGUGUGACUUGAGCAGGCUUGAGACGCUCAGGAGAAGUGGAGUCUCGCAUCUGCCGUUGUGGGAGGACAUUGUCAGCUGCUAGACACCUGCGCCGCAUCUGGCAGAAUAAGCCGAACGGUACGAACCCGGAACUUGAUCUGAUCAAGCCUUCGCCCUUGAGCAGAUCAUUAUGAGCCUUGAGCAUUCCCCAGACCUGUUGGGCAUGUUUCUCUACACUCUACACCCUUGUUGCCUCGCAUCAUCUUCGCUGUCCGACUCCCGAAGGCUAGCCACUCAGCGCAAAUCUCGGCCCUGCAAUGAACAUAAUAGUUGGCCAUUCGCCAGAUUUACACAUACAAGUCCUGCACUCAAAGGUCAUGAGAGAAUGGACACGAACCCAGCCGCGACUCCGUCCCUCCUGGCCCUUGCAGCCGAGAUCCGCUACCAAAUAUGGGAAUAUUCGAUACCAUCACGCACAUCAGUCAGCAUUCUCAAACAGGCCUAUACCAAGCAGAUCCCACAACUCAUAAUAGCGUCUGAGCCAGAUCUCGCACGCGUCUGCAAAGCUCUGCGUCACGAAAUUCUCUCAGCAUACUACAGCUCCAACGAAUUCGUCGUGCGUCGAAUCACAUUCGGUCCUUCCGACUCCAAGUACCUGCAGACUUACGAGCGGUAUCUGCAUACGUACGAGCAGUACCUACGAGCGCUGAAGCGAUGGCGAGCAUAUCUAUACACCCAGCCCGCAGCGAGGCAAUUGAAGAGCGUGAAUCUGGGCAUGUUCUUGACCAUUCGGGACGGGUGCGGAGGAUCUUAUGAUGAGGCGUUUGAUUUCAUUGUAGCCAAGGCAUUGGACGGGCGGCUUUCGUGCAGAUUGACGAAUUUGCGGGAGGACUUUUGCGUGUGCCAUCUUCGGUCAGAAGGCAAUGGGAUCGAUCUCGAGGAUGGACGGUGCUUGGUGGAUGCUAUGAUCUUGGCCUGCAAGAGGUUGUAUUCUGCUCUGGGCCGCGUGGAGUGCGGAAGCUGCUCGGGACAGAAGCUCGUUCAGAUAGAGGAGAUGUAGGUUGCCGCUGGUAUAUCGUUCCAGUGC